UCCGUGCGUUCGUGAAUCGAAGAUUUUGAAUUUCGAAGAUCUAAUCUAAAUGAAAUUCAUACAAUUUCGUUGCAUCUAACGAGUGAUCUUUGAAAGAAGGCAACGCGAAACCAAAAUAAUUUACAGUGAUACAAGUAUCACAGCCAUACAAGCAGAUGCCGGUUGGCGAUGGUGACAAUUUCGUAUAUCAUCGAAGUGCUACCUUGAGUAUUGCCAUUCUGUCGAAACAACAGUUUAAAGUGGCGUAGAUGAGGUGUGCAAUCAUAUAUUUUUUUGUUUUGGAUGGUGUUUUGGUGAGAAAGUGUACAUGCUUGUGUGAACGUAUUCAUAUGUGAAUCAUAUUUGAAAAAAGUUGAGCAAGAUUGAAUAUUGUGUGACCCCCGAAAACCCCGAAGGAUUACGGAACGUGUUGAGUUUAACACAUCCUGCGUUCAGUGUGCCUUAGUGAAUCGAAGCACCCGUAAGCAGAGGCAGCAAGCCUUGGGCAACGGUUAACGGAAAUACUUGGUUUAUGUAAAGGAGCUAUAGGAUCCUGGGGCGUGUGACAUACAUCAGUCCAUCGUUGCGCUGAUAGCGUACCAGUCGCUCAACCAAAUCAUUCCAACCAAAAUCAUCCUAUAUGGUAAUGGCAGAGAUCGGUGGCCCGUUGGCACACCAACUUCCCUUACAUAAUCAUCGAGGUGGACUCGUGCAGCCGUCGCUGGUUAUGAACCAUCAUCUGGAUUCACUAGAUAGCAGCGGUUGCCAUGGACCAAACAUUCAUCCAAAAAAAGAACGACUGUCUCUGUGCGUCGGAUGCGGAGGACAAAUUCAUGAUCAGUAUAUCCUGCGCGUAGCACCGGACCUUGAAUGGCAUGCAGCGUGCCUCAAAUGCCAGGAAUGUCGCCAAUUCCUAGACGAAAGUUGUACCUGUUUCGUGCGCGAUGGCAAAACCUAUUGUAAGCGGGAUUAUGUUAGAUUAUUCGGUACCAAAUGUGAUAAGUGCGGAAGCUCAUUCAGUAAAAACGACUUUGUAAUGCGCGCCAAAACGAAAAUCUAUCAUAUAGAAUGCUUUCGCUGCUCAGCCUGUGCCCGGCAACUCAUACCAGGUGACGAGUUCGCGCUUCGAGAUGGCGGAUCACUAUACUGCAAAGAAGAUCACGACCAUCUGGAGAAAACGUCUCAAAAUGGUCUACUACCGGGCGUCGAGCCCAAUAACAACAUCAGCGCCAACGCCAACAACAAUAACAUCAAUAGCACCAACAAUAACAACAGCAGUCUGAAUAAUAAUAAUCACUCGAGCGAGCUAGGCUCGAUGUCAGAUUCGGGUAGCGAGUCGGGAUCUCAUAAAAGUUUGCGCGGCAAAGGACCAUCGGGACCCUCGGAUGGUAAACCGACCCGAGUGCGGACAGUGCUGAACGAGAAACAACUCCACACUCUCCGAACAUGCUACAAUGCAAACCCUCGGCCGGAUGCACUGAUGAAGGAGCAACUAGUCGAGAUGACUGGUCUGUCACCACGAGUCAUACGAGUUUGGUUCCAGAACAAGCGGUGCAAGGAUAAGAAAAAAACGAUCCAAAUGAAGCUGCAGAUGCAACAGGAGAAGGAGGGACGCAAGCUGGGUUAUGGCAUGCAGGGUAUACCGAUGGUGGCCAGCUCACCAGUGAGGCACGAUUCACCGUUGAACCUGCACGGCCUAGAAGUCACCGCCUAUCAACCCCCCUGGAAAGCGCUGUCGGAUUUUGCACUACACUCCGAUCUCGACAGCAACGGUGCGAUCAACACGCACACUCCCGCUUUUCAGCAUUUAGUCAAUCAGAUGCAUGGGUACGAUGUAGGAAAUGGAGCUGGAGGUGGACCCGGAGGUGGACCCGGAGGCAUGCCACCGAUGCCGGGUCAAGGAGCCCAGGGAGCACCGCUUGGUUCACACAUGGAUCUGAGUGGGCAUCAUCCAGACAGUACGGAUUCAUAUGUCACAUACCUCGAAAGUGAUGAUAGCAUGCAAGGUAGCCCAUAAGACGACAGAAUGAUGCUUCUGAUACCCUCUUUAAUAUCAUUGCUCAUCACAAACUGCACAUCGCCAACGAUGUACAUAAUCGCACCAGGGAAUGAUAUUUUAAAUUUGAUGCCAGUGGCUUGGUGCUGCCGGAAAUCCAUAUAUGUCUAGCAGACAAGGUUCGAGGAUGGAAGAAUAACUUUUUACGUUAAUUAGGCAAAGCAUCGGAACGAUAAUCGAUACGAUCAGUAGCAAAAAACGCCCUGGUUUGAAUGUAGCAUAUAUUUGUUUGUAGGGCUCUCCGUAGCUAUUUGGUUGGCAUUGUAUCAUUUUGUGUUUGACUAAAGUAUUGAUGCCAAUCUCACACGGCGUAGGAUAGGAUAACGUAUUAAGGACAAAGUGUCAGGGAAUCAAUCUAGAAAUGGCAUGGCCACUAGCUGGUGGUACGGCAUUGAGAGAGAAGUAAAGAGUCUAACUGUAAAUAGUGUAAAUUUAUGCUCUACCAAUCAUUUACUAAACUGAUACAAUGAUUUACGGAUUUGCAAACGCAAACCUAGCGCUCAUGCGUUUUCAGCGGUAAAGAGCUUGCGCGAAUAAUAUGGACAAGCCCUUAGGGGAAAUUGAUACACUCGAUUAAGUUCUGUUGAUUUCGAUAGGCGCAAUUUCAAUUUUAGCAAAAAUGUAAAAUGCACAAAAGAAAUGGCAAUAUAAGGGAAAACAUACAGUUGGCUGUAAACUGUAGAAGCAAGCGAUAGCAAAGGCAAAAAAUCCUGCAGAAGGAAGCUGAAGCGUGUGCAAGAAUGGUAUAUAAGAAUGGUGAAAGAUUGGCAGAUCUGUAUGUUUUGUUGCAACAAGGCAAUUGUCGCUCGAAUGAAAGUUUGAGAAUCGGUGCACAAGGGUGAUUGGGAGUGAAAAUACAUACGAAAAUUUCCAGGACCGGUAAACAAGAUAUAACCUAAUAAACAUAAUGGGAAUGAUUCUAUUUAAAAGAAACAUUAACAGAACCAGAUAAAAAAUUA